AUGCCGCUGCUGAAUGGGCAAGAAGUCUCCCUGCAGCUCUCGCCGCCCGCGAGCGCGAAGGAGGACGGCGAGGCGUGGGUCGUGCGAUGGACGGGCGAAAUCUAUACAGACUACGACAGCUAUAUUGCCCGCGUGCACUUUCUGAGGCGCCACGCCUUCACCUGCGCACAGACGGGCCAGAGCGACCUCACCUACGAGGCCGCCCUCACCUCUGAGCGCGGAGCGCGCGCCGCCGCGGCGGCCAUCCCCGAGGCCCUCCAGGCCGCCAUCGUACGCGCCGCGCACCUGUCCACCAUCCCCACGGACCGCCUCCCCACCGCCCUCCUCAACGCGUUCCACUGCCGCUUCCUCCCGGGCGAGCCCGUGCGCGGCGCGAAAGAAUCCGGACAGACCGAUGCCGAGGUCGUCGGCGCGAAGCAGCUGUUCGGGGGCCCGCUCCCCGACAACCUCGCCCACCUCACGAGCGUCGUCCAGGCCCUCGCGGCCGGCCAGGACCCCCCCAACACCCCCGAACUCGCCGCCGGCGCCGACUUCGACCUAUACGACGUCAGGCUGCCCGACGGGACGCAGGAGCCGCUCCCCGCGCAGAGCCUCCAGCGCCCCGUGGUGCUCUCCGAGCCCGCCGUCCGCGCGAUCGUCCGCGGCAACGGCUCCGAGCGCCUCGGGAAGGUCGCACGUGCCGCCGGCGGCGACGCCGCCGAGGUGCCGCACGUCUACGCCGCGUCGGCGGACGCAUGCGCGAAGUUCGGGCUCCCCGCGCCGCCGGCCGGGAUCGAGCUCGUCGAUCCGCCUGCCCCGGCCGCGGACACCGCCCUCGACGCCGCUGCCGGCGGGUUCGACCUCGACGCACUGAUGGGGGAGGUGGAAUGGAAGGAGACGCUCGAGCAGACGGAGCGGCGGCUGCCGGAGAACACGACGAAGUGGUACUGUUUCCAGGUGCUGCGCGACGCGGGCGCUGCGGGCCUGUCGCUGAAGGAGAUGGUGCAGCAGCUGGACCGGCGGGGGCUGAAGCGCUGGGACGGGGGCGAGCGGACCGCGAAGAACACGAUCACAUUCGCGUGCAGCAACGACCCGGCGUUCGCCAAGGUCGGCGUCGGCCGCUGGGCGCUCAUGGCGUUCCCCGGCGUGAAGCCGAUGGCGCCGUCCAAGGCGAUUAACAAGUCGCUGGUUACCAAGGGGCGGCAGGAGAUCGCGGAGAUCGAGAAGCAGGAGAAGGAGAUCCGCGCGCAGAUCGAGCAGGCUACGAGCGAGGCCGCUCGCGCGCCGGGGUCGGCGCGCGGCGCGCAGGCCGCGAACGACACGACGUGCCGCGCGUGCGGGAACGGGCCGGUGGAGGCCGCGGACGGCGCCGAGGCGCAGCCGCUGCUGUGCUGCGACGAGUGCUCGGCCGCGUACCACCUCGGGUGCGUCGACCCGCCGAUCGCGGACCCCUCGGCGCUGCCGUCGGGCGGGUGGCGGUGCCCCGACUGCGCCGGGCGGGUCGCGGCGCUCACCGCGAAGCUCGCGGAGCUCCAGGAGCGCAAGAAGGCGAUCCAGGAGAAGGCGAAGACGAUCAUGGACAAGGCGUCGCAGCAGAUGUCGAUGCGGGGCAUCGAUCUGGAGCGCCGGCGCCGCGACAAGGAGUUGCGCGACAUGAUGCGCGCCGAGGCGAAGAGGAUGGCGCGGUAUCCGAUCGACGACGCUGCUGCGGUGGAGGAGCUGCGGCAGGAGCUCGAGCGCGCGCAGCAGGCGGCGGAUGCGCGGCAAGGUGACGUGGCGCGUGCGGCGGGCGGGGGCGCGGCCGCCGGGGCGCCGGGAGCGGCGCGGGCGGGAACCGGCGCGCGUCGGCGCGCGCACAGGUCGCGGCGGUCGCGGAGAGCGACGAGGCGAAGGCGGCGCGCGCCGCGCUGA